CUGCUCUUGCUAGGUGCCUUGAAUCUGCAAGAAAGGAUCUCUGAGGCCACAGAGGCUGGGCUGCAUGAAAACUCCCAGAGGAAAUGCCAGUUGGGAUGGCUCGGGAUCUGGAGGAAACUUGCUCAUCUUCAGAAGAGGAGGAGGUUGUAGAUGGGCUGGAGCAAUGAAUUCAGAGAACAGUAGCUGUGAAAAAUUAUGGGAUUUCUCUCAAAUUAUGGUCAAUAAAAUCAAUACAAAUUAAACAAAAAUACGACUUAAAAUGGUGAGACCAAUGCAAAAACAGGAAGAUCUGGAAGAUUCCCUGAAUAGCUGAGUACCAAAGUGCCUAGCCUGUAUUUGACUGUGUCCUGCCUACAGGUGAAGUGGGCAAGCAUGGGCAAGGAUCAUCCGUGCAUCAAGUGGACUGGUGGCUGCAGGCGUAUCCCCAUCUUGGUGUUUCAUGCUGAAGCCAUUCUGACUAAUGACAGCUACCUCCGUCUAAUUGGAGAACAUUAUCACUUAUCCUAUAAGAUUGUGAGAACAGACAGCCGCCUGGUCCGAAGCAUUCUGACUGCCCAUGGAUUCCAUGAGGUGCACCCCAAUAGCAGUGAUUAUAAUCUCAUGUGGACAGGAUCACAUUUGAAGCCCUACUUGCUGCGUUCCCUUACAGAUAUUCAGAAAGUCAAUCAUUUCCCUAGGUCAUAUGAACUGACAAGAAAAGAUAGACUGUACAGAAAUGUCAGUCGUAUGCAGCAGACCCAUGGAUUCAAGACGUUCCACAUCUUACCUCAGACCUUUAUCCUCCCAGCAGAGUACCAAGAGUUCUGCAAUACGUAUUCUAAAGACAGGGGACCAUGGAUAGUGAAGCCUGUGGCCUCUUCCAGGGGUCGAGGUGUCUACCUUAUCAACAAUCCAAGCCAGAUUGUCCUGGAAGAAAACAUCCUGGUUUCUCGUUACAUCAGCAACCCCCUGCUCAUAGAUGAUUUCAAAUUUGAUGUGCGCCUCUAUGUUCUGGUUACAUCCUAUGAUCCACUGGUCAUUUAUCUCUAUGAGGAAGGAUUGGCCAGGUUUGCAACAGUGAGGUAUGACCAGGCAUCCAAGAACAUUAAAAACCAGUUUAUGCAUCUGACCAACUACAGUGUCAACAAGAAGAGUGGAGAUUAUGUCAGCUGUGACGAUCCUGAAGUAGAGGAUUAUGGAAACAAGUGGAGCAUGAGUGCAAUGCUGAGAUACUUAAAACAAGAGGGGAGAGACACAGCAGCACUGAUGGCCAACGUGGAGGACCUGAUUAUCAAGACUGUGCUUUCUGCUGAGCUGGUCAUUGCCACAGCCUGUAAAACUUUUCUCUCACAUCGUGGCAGCUGCUUUGAGCUGUAUGGGUUCGAUGUCCUUAUUGAUGCCACUCUCAAGCCUUGGCUGUUGGAAGUGAACCUAUCCCCAUCACUGGCCUGUGAUGCUCCUUUGGACCUGAAGAUCAAAGCUAGCAUGCUCUCAGAUAUGUUCACGCUUGUAGGCUUUGUAUGCCAGGAUCCAGGCCAGCGGUCAAGCCGGGCAGUUUAUCACUCCUCUGAAUCUGCCAGGAGAAAUCCAUACCAGAAGCCUCAGCGUCCUGUGUCUGCGCAGUCCCGACCAACAAACACCAGAUUGCGUGCCCGUCCUCUGUCUGCCAGUGAUGCUGAAAUGAAAAACCUGAUGCCUUCAGGCAGGGAAAAAGCAACAGGAAGGCAAGGCAGCUCUGUGCUAGGUCUCUCCAUGGAGGAGAUAAAAGUUCUUCGUCGUGUGAGGGAGGAGAAUGAGCGGAGAGGAGGCUUCAUCCGAAUAUUCCCUACCCCAUUAACAUGGGAUCUUUAUGGAUCCUUCUUAGAGCACAAGACAACAAUGAACUACAUGCUGGCUACACGUCUGUUUCAGGACAGGGGCCAGAUGAAAAGAGACUUGGUCACUGGGAGACCCCGAGCAGUUCUUAAUGGAAGGCUGGAUAUGAAGCUGGAAGCUGUGGACUCUAAUGCUCUUUUUUAUGAGAGGAAGCUUGUUUCACUGGAGUUACGGAAGCGCAGGCGAUGUCAUGGCAAGGCACGAGCAGCACGGACAAGUUCAUCAGGGACAUCAAAACCCACAAAGCUGUCCGUCAAGUCAGACACAGAGGUUGAGGAGGAAGAGGAGGCAGAUAAAGAUGAAGAGCUGGGUGGAACUGCUAGCUCUGUUUUAGACACACAGCUGAAAAGCAAGACAAAGCUCUCUGAACUGGUAAAAGCUGCUUGUCAAGAGAAUACGCCGAAAAAACUUGACAAGAAAACUGGAGAUGGAGGGGAGCUGUUUCUUGAAAAAACAGAGCCAGAAUCUCAAUUUAAUUUGUUGCAGAUUCUUCAAGAGAAUGGAAACUUAAGCAAAGUGCAGGCUCGCAGGGCUUUCUCUGCCUACCUACAGCAUGUUCAGUUGCGACUGAUGAAGGAGACUGGUGACCAGAUCCAGAAUGUUGCCUGGGCUGCCAAAGAGGAUGAGCAAAUGGUAAGAAGCUUUGUGUUAGCCCUGAGAAGCCCAGCUGAAAUCUGCCCAGAGAGUUUUGAGGAGCUUGUGGUACGCUUUCUGAAGAGAGCAGCAAGCAACCUUCAGCAGUCCUUGAGGAUGCUGCUUCCCAGCCGGCGUCUAGGCCUAAAUGAUCGUCGACGUAUUCUGGCUCGCCAGCUGGGUGAGUUCAUAGUCUGCUAUAACAAGGAAACAGAGCAGAUGGUUCAGAAACAAUCAAAAAAGAAACGGGAAGAGAAGGUGGAGGAGGGAGUGAAUGCUGAAGGUUUUCAGAACUUUAUUACGAGGGCAAGUGAGAGUGACCUGGAAGAAGUGCUAACAUUUUACACCCACAAAAAUAAGUCAGCGAGCGUCUUUCUAGGAACAAACUCUACAACUAUGAAAGGCAGUAACAGCAGAAGCCACUCAGACAUUCAACCUCAAGGAGGGUGUCCUGAAGUAGCGAAAGAAAUAAAAGAUGAUCGGGCCCGAACUUCAGUUGCAGAUUUGCCUGCAGAAGGAGCAGUAAAAGGCUACAAACCCAAAGAAGUUAAAUCAGCUUCUUCAGAAGGAUCCACCUUCUUAGAUGCUGAAGUGAAGUUACCUCGUUGUGGCCCUGCUAGUGCUUUGUCCUUUGUUCCUGAUGCCACUUUCCAGAGAAGUACCAGUUCCCAGUUACCAUCUCAGCCUGCUGCCUCUGAAAGUCCACAGAUGCCUGGUCACCAUUUGUUGCUGGCUCCUCCUAGACUGAUUCAGUCCCCAUCCUCCCCACCUUCUUCUCAGACCCAAAGCACAGCCCCUGACAGCUCUGCUGUCUUCACAAACUCAGUGUCCAGUGGGGCUUCUAGUCUUGCAGGGUUACAUCAUUGCCGUUCUGGUGGCUACACCGUUAGCCCGUUCUCAUCUUCUCAGAGUGCUGCUCAGAUCUACAGCCAAAGAUUGUCCCGACCAUCCUCUGCAAAAGCAGGUUUGUGCCAUCGCAGUCCGAGUGGACAGCAUGUGGGCUCAGCCAGGACACACAAAGACGCAGAAGAUACUUCUUGCCAUGGCAAACAUUAUAACCCUAUUAUGGUACAGCAGCUGGCAGAAAAGCAGGCAACCCGUCAGUAUUCUCCGCCGAGCCACAUCAGUCUCCUUACACAGCAGUUAACAAACCUGAACUUGGCAAGUGGAGCUAUAAGCAAGGGGAGCACAGCCUCCCUGCCAAGCUACCAGUCAACACUUAACAGAAGAGGGCCACUGUGGGCUGUUCAGUCAGACACUCACAUAGCUGUCAGAAGGUCUGUGUCUUCAGCAGUCAGGGCUCCGGAGAGCAAUCGUUUUUCCUGGGAAGGGGAGUUGGAGACCAGUGUUUACAACAGGAUGACAGGGAGUCAGCUGGCACAUCCCAGCUAUCAGUUCCAUUUUGCUGUGCAGCAACUCCAGCAGCAGAAACUUCAGUCUCGACAGCUGUUGGAGCAAAGUCAAGUUCGGCACCAGGUUCUGUUUGCCAACCACUCACAAUCCAGCACCAGCCAUUUAUCUAUGUCAGCUAGCUCUGCUGCCUGCAAGCCAUCAAGUGCCACUUCCAGUAUCCAGAAGGCAGCCAGUUUGCACAAAGUGAUGCCAUCCCAGAGUAUGCCUUCUCAGCUGGUUCCAAAGCCUCCAGCGAACCACAGGCAGGCAGUGGUCAGAAAGGCUGCAACACAGAGGAUUUCCAAGGUGACCUCCACUGAAAGGCAGCUAAACAGAUUCCAGAACAGCCUUAACAGUGCUGCAUCCUGUGAGCCAGGGACAAAUUCCACAGCCUCUACUCACAGUGAAGGACUAACACUGAACACCAGGUGAGGAACCCAGAGCAUUGCUUCCAAGUGUGGAGCAAAGGAAAAAGCAGCAGUGACUGCUCAUACCACCCUAUUCCCCAUAACACCCAGGUGAUGAGGAGGACCCGAUGAGAAGAGAGGAAAGUACCUGAACAUCUGUGAAAGCUGGUAAUAGAGCUGCAAGCUGAGGUGAAUGAUUGCCUCUGAGAGCUUCUGCUGCUGAGCCUUGGGGUCCCUUCACAUCUCUUCCUGAUCACUGCCCAUAACAUCUUUUUGUAAGACAGAGGUCCUCGAGCUGUCUGUAUUGUUUUUCCCAAGAUCCAAGUCUGAACAUAAAUCUCCUCAUCUGCUCAGCCAUUUCAGUCUGUAUUAGUCUUGUAACAGCAAAUAUUCUCUGCCCUCAUUACGUGGCAGCCAACGGCAGAGAACAGUAUUAGACCAUAUGACUAGAGACAUUCUUGUUGGUUGCCAUCUUGAAUUUUGGCACAGAGCCAUGGAAAUGCUCGGUUUGAAUAAAAUCAUUUCAUUUGUUUGUUUUGGUUAUAAUUUCAGUUAUUAAUUCACACCCCCAAAAAAUUUGCUUUUAUAUUGGACAGGAUGUUAAAUCUGUCAUUAUGUUUCACAAUUGUAUGCUUAUAUUCUGUGUGGCUUACUUUUGUAUUUUGAUUUCUGUUUGUUUAUGCUUUAUAAACUUUUUCAAAUUG